GAGCUGAGCCGAGCGCUAGGCGGCGGAAGAUGGCUGCUGCCGAAGCGGCGGACACUCAGCUGAUGCUCGGAGUCGGGCUGAUAGAAAAGGACACUAAUGCAGAAGUUCUGUGGGUCUGGUGCUAUCCGUCCACGACAGCCACAUUGAGAAACCUGUUCCUGAGAAAAUGCUGCCUCACACAUGAAAACCACCUUCUCCAUCCCUUCGUCUUUGGCCAGUACCGAAGGACAUGGUUUUAUAUCACAACAGUUGAAGUUCCAGAUUCUUCAGUGUUGAAAAAGGUGACUCAUUUUUCUAUUGUUCUGACCGCCAAAGAUUUUAACCCAGAGAAAUAUGCCGCCUUCACUAGGAUAUUGUGUAGAAUGUACCUGAAACAUGGGAGCCCGGUUAAAAUGAUGGAGAGUUACAUUGCAGUGCUCACAAAGGGGAUAUGCCAGAGUGAAGAAAAUGGCUCCUUCCUCAGCAAAGACUUUGAUGCCCGGAAAGCAUACCUUGCAGGCUCCAUCAAAGAUGUUGUAUCUCAAUUUGGAAUGGAGACUAUUAUCUUAUACACAGCAUUGAUGCUGAAGAAACGAAUCGUCGUCUAUCACCCAAGAAUAGAAGCUGUACAGGAGUUUACCAGGACGCUGCCUGCCCUGGUGUGGCACCGGCAGGACUGGACCACUCUCCAUUCUUAUGUGCACCUCAGCGCUGAUGAGCUGGAAGCCCUACAGAUGUGCACAGGUUACAUCGCGGGAUUUGUAGACUUGGAGGUGAGCAAUAGAACGGACCUGUACGAUGUUUUUGUGAAUCUGGCAGACAGCGAGGUCACCAUCGCACCCCUUGCAAAAGAGGCCAUGAUGAUGGGGAAACUGCACAAAGAAAUUGGUCAGCUGAUUGUUCAGUUUGCGGAAGACCCAGAGAAGUCAGACAGCCAAGUUAUUAAGGACAUUUCCCUGAAAACCAGAGAGCUCUUGACCAACCUCGCAUCAUUUGCAGAAGUUUCAGACGAUGGCAAAAAGCCAGCCCUCAGUUUUGAAGCACUGAAGCAGAAGCGGUUUCCACCGGCCACAGAAAACUUCCUCUACCACCUUGCAGCAGCCGAACACAUGCUGAAAAUCAGUGUGACAGAAAGUGUUGCUGAUGGCGGCUCGAAAGCUUCCCCCUCUCUCUGA